UUCACGAUUGUUACAAGUGUUUUAUUUAAAUGGAAACGUGUAACUUGAAGUAACAAAAAAAACUUACUUUUUUUUUAUAUUUAAGCUGUUGAGUAAUUAUUUUACGAGUGUUAAUUGCCAGUAUGAUUAAUAGAUUUUUUUCUAUACAAAUACGAUUUAUCGUAUUAAUAUCACUGUCAUUAUUUGGGUCAAACAAUGGACUGGAACAUCAAUUACAAGACAAUUAUUACAAUACUGAAGAAUGUGCACUAAUUUUACGUGGUCCCGGACGGUCUAGUUUCUAUGAUUACACAUACAAUCUCCUUCGCGGGUCCUUAUCUCCCUCAGCUGGAUCAUACACUUGUAUAACUUACGAUGCUAUUAAUCGUGCGUAUUAUGAUGCCAGACAGCGAAUCGCUGUCGCUCAACCAGCUGAUGAAAAAUGGAGACCGGAAGACUUGGCAACUGUUGGAGAACUUCUUCUAGAUAUUUCAACAUCAUUAGCUCAAAUGUACGGAUUGACGAGAAAUGAAAUUGAGAAUGAAUUACCUCUGAUAGACACCUCUAAAACAUUAAUACACGAGGUAUGUCCAGCAUUUUUAUCAAAUGUCGAGUGUCGUGCCGGAAAAUACCGCAGAUUUGAUGGACUUUGCACGAACCUCGAACACCCAAAUUGGGGAGCGUCACUUACGCCAUUCAACAGAUUAAUGCCUCCAGCAUUUUCGGAUGGAAUAAAUGCACCAAGAUUAUCAACGACCGGUGGAAAUUUACCAUUAGCACGAGUGGUAUCACGUACAAUCCAUCCGGACCAGGGUUAUCACGAUCAUGCUGGAACUGUUAUGGUUAUUGCAUGGGGGCAGUUUAUGGAUCAUGAUUACACACUUACAGCAACUCCAUUAGAUCCAUUGAACCGCAAUGAUCCAGAAGAAUGUUGCGAUCGUCCUCCUCACCUGAAAAAUCCAUAUUGCGUCGAAAUAGAAAUACCAGAAGACGACUAUUUCUAUCGUUUAUUUAAUAUCCGUUGUCAAAAUUUCGUUCGGGCAUUUCCAGCAGUAAGACCUGGGUGCCGUCUUGGCUCCCGUAUUCCUUUCAAUCUUCUGACUGGUGUCCUAGAUGGUAAUACCGUUUAUGGAAUCGCUGAAGAAUUUUCUCGUAAAUUACGUACAGGAUAUGCCGGUCUUUUGAGAAUGAACCCAGUGUUUUCGGACUAUGGUUUAAAAGAUUUGUUACCAUUAAAACUAGACAUUCCUGAUGAAGGCUGUACAAGACCAAAUGCAUCAAUGUAUUGUUUUGAUGCCGGUGAAAUCCGUGUCAACGAGCAACUGGUAUUAACAUGCAUGCAUACAUUGAUGGCAAGGGAACAUAAUAGAGCUGCUAAAGCACUUGGACAAGUUAAUCCACACUGGGACGACGAAACAUUAUUCCAAGAAGCAAGGCGUAUUGUUAUUGCUGAAAUUCAACACGUUACGUACAAUGAAUUUCUCCCCAUAAUUCUCGGGCUAGAUACCAUGGAGAAAUUUGGACUAGUUUUGGAGAAACACAACUAUUGGGACGGUUAUGAUCCAUCAGUAAAUCCAAGUGUCAUUGACGCAUUUGCAGCAGCGGCAUUUAGAUUUGGCCAUUCAUUAUUGCCGACUGCUGUUGAACGAUGGAGCAAAGCUCAUAAAUUUAUUGCGUCAAAGAGAUUGUCCGAUUUAAUUAGAAGACCGUGGGAUCUUUAUCGAGCUGGUGUUAUUGAUGAAUAUUUUAUGGGGCUUAUGAAUCAAGUUGCACAAGCUAUGGAUGACUCAAUAACUUCUGAAGUAACGAAUCAUUUGUUCAAAAAAGUCGGAGCUAAAUUUGGAAUGGACUUGGUGUCAUUCAAUAUGCAGCGUGGCCGCGAACUCGGUAUCCCAAGUUACAUGGAAUUUAGAAAAUUAUGUGGACUUCCUGUGGCGCAUACAUUUGAUGAAUUAUUUGGUUUGAUGCCAAAUGAAACUGUAUUGCGUUACAUCUCUAUUUUUCGAACUCCAGCGGACAUUGAUCUUUGGUCGGGAGGCGUUUCAGAGCGACCGCUACCUGGGGCUAUGUUGGGACCGACAUUUUCGUGUGUAAUUGCUACGCAGUUUAGUAAUUCACGGCGAGGUGACAGAUUUUGGUACGAGUUGCCUAAUCAGCCAUCGUCAUUUACGCUUGAUCAAUUAAACGAACUGCGUAAAGCAAGAUUAGCUAGACUUGUUUGUGACAAUACCGAUCUUGUUGACACAAUCCAACUUUAUCCAAUGAUUCUCGCUGAUCAUGAAGUUAACCCAAGAGUCCCUUGCAAAAGUGGUGUCCUGUCAGGAAUCGAUUUUAGUAAAUGGGCUGAGUAUCCGACGAGUCAUGCUGCGCAAUAUGUGAGUAAUUUUCCAGAAUAUAAUCAAUGGAAAAAAUAAAACUCCAUACUCCCAUAGGAUUUAUUUAGACAAGUCAUUAAAAAAUAUUUUUUUUAUAAACGAGCACCUAAUUCAUGUUAUUUGCAUACACGUAAUUUUAGAUUUUUUUAAAUAUUCAUACAAUUUAUUUAAUAACGUCAUUACUUCGAAGAGUUUACAAGUAUU